UCCAUCUGCGAAGAAACGGAAAACAAACAGAUGGAGAAGAUGAGUGAUGAGAACACCAAGGAGGUGAUGGUGCUUGAGUCUGAGAUCGAGCGUCUUCAAGCUGAAGUUGAAGCGCUGCAGCACCAACAACAGGAAAACAAUAAGGACAUAACGUUCCACUACAGCGGACAAAUGGAAAAUGCUCUAGCGUUCAUGUGCGGACAGAGACAAGAAGGAGGGAAGGAGAUGGUGAUGUUCAGACUCAAAGAAGAGGUGGAGGAGCUGGAGGAGGAUGUGAAACUGCAGACAGAAAUUAAUGGCAUCACUUUGAACAGCUGCACCACAAAGACUCUACAAAACAGUGGCAGAAAGCUGGUUCAGCAGCUCUCUUUGUCGGGUAACUGCUCUGAACUGGUCUUCCAGGUCGAGUUUCAGCUUUCCGAGAUCAAGGACAGUGAGAGAUCAAAGAGGACCGUCGGCGAUCUGAACGUGGUGCUCGAUUCAAGUGACCUGCAAAACUUCAGCAGCUUCUUGUCAAGGGUAGAGGAGAGCAGGGAUCUUCUGCUAUUCUUCAGGACCUUAAGAACUUUUUCAGACAGAUGUGAUGACCGAAGCAGAACUUUCCAACAAUUCAAAGAUAAAUAUCCAUCUGUCAUCGCUCUCCCUGGAGGCCCUAGGUCAGAGGUCAUGACCCUGAACCACCCCAAGCUUCCUGGCUGUAUGUUAUUCAUUCAUUGGUCAGUUGAGGUUUCCAGAGAGGGCGUCGUUACACCGAAGAUCAACCUGCUCACAAAGAUCCCAGAGAAAGCUCUCCAGCUGUUCCCUUCUCAGGCUGUAGGCGGUGCUGCUGAGGCCUUUGAGAGCCUGCUGAGGAUUCUGGGACCUGAAGCUGCCCUGGAAUCCAUCAUCCAAGCAGUCAGCCUUUCAGAGGAAACUUAAAACAGAAACACCUCCA